GGCACGUAUGUGCGCUUGUAAACUAUGAUGAACCGGAUCUGAUUUUGUUGUCUGUUUCAUACUGUCUGAAUGCCCUACUGUAUAUUGUGAUAUGUAGGAGUCGUAUGUGUACUAACAAAAAUUAUCUGUGAUAUACUGCUCUUUCUAUCAACAUAACUAGCUAGCUUCUUUAAGCAAGAUGGUACUGGCCAGCUACAAUCGGUUGUUAACUGUUUACAAACUUACCUGGAGUUGUGACAGUUUAUUUCAAGUUGGAACAGGUGUCCAGCUUCUGUCGGAGCAUUUGAAAAGCUCGUUUCGUUUUAAAUCAUUAGAUCAUUCUUCAGUGCAGGAAAGGCAGCGGCAACACAUGGCUAGAGGUCUGCCUAAGCUGAAGCCAGUAGCAGGGGUGAAGCAGACCAUUGUGGUUGCUUCUGGGAAAGGUGGAGUGGGCAAGUCGACCACUGCAGUGAAUCUGGCACUUGGACUUGCAGUUAAUGAUCCGAGUAAAAAAGUGGGGAUUCUGGAUGCUGAUGUUUAUGGCCCUUCAGUUCCUAAGAUGAUGAACCUGAAGGGGAGCCCUGAGCUCACAGAGAAAAAUCUAAUGAGACCGUUGGUGAAUUUUGGAAUUCCGUGCAUGUCAAUGGGAUUUCUGGUAGACGAAACAACGCCUAUUGUCUGGAGGGGUUUGAUGGUAAUGUCAGCCAUAGAGAAGCUGCUGAGGCAGGUGCACUGGGGUAACUUGGACUACCUGGUUAUUGACAUGCCACCAGGUACUGGCGAUGUCCAGCUAUCCAUCACCCAGAAUAUUCCUAUUGCAGGAGCUGUCAUUGUCUCUACACCACAAGAUAUCGCUUUGCUGGAUGCCCGCAGAGGGGCUGAGAUGUUCCGCAAGGUCAAUGUGCCGGUCUUGGGCCUGGUUCAGAACAUGAGUGUGUUCCAGUGCCCAAAAUGCCUUCACCAAACCCACAUUUUUGGAGAAGAUGGAGUAAAAGAGCUGGCUUCCACUCUAGGCAUGGAGGUUCUCGGGGAUAUCCCCCUUCACGUCAGCAUUAUGAAGAUGUCUGACCUGGGCCAGCCCGUGGUUCUGUCGUCCCCUGACAGCCCUGAGGCUGAAGCUUACCGAAAGAUUGCAUCUGCAGUGGUGCGUCGCCUGUCAGAGCAUUCCAGCUGAGCGUGACAGUUGGACUGAUUGAGCGUGGGCAGGGCAGGGUGCCUGACUUGCAAGUUGUAACCUGGCAAUUGAACACUAAUCAGCAAAAGAAUCGGUGCUGUGAGGACAUUGACAUUGCUUCACAUUCCAGCCUGUCUAUUACAUGCCAUGAAGCAAUCAUUUGCAUUUCAACAACUAUGGUUCAUGUCCCAGGUUAUGUUAGCUAUAUUCUUUCUGUUUUUGUGAUAUAUGAAAGAAAAAAAACUACAAAGUAUUAUUAUUAUUUUAUUAUUAUUAGUAUUCUAGUAUUGUGAUUUAUUUUCCAUUGCCUUAUCUAGCCUAUUUAGACAGUUAAAUUUUGUAUUGAAUCAAUUAUAAAAUAAGAUGACUGUAUUACUUGAGGUUACAUACUUUGUUCAGUUAACCAGCAGUAUUGGUCUUUGGGAAAUAAGUCCAUUCCUUUAAUCACUACGCUGAAUGCUAAGUAUAGUGUGCCAUGGAAGAUAAAAUAUGCCCUGUAAGGUAAUAUUUUGCUAAUAAGACUAUGGCAGAUCCUUCUUCUGUUCUCUACUGAGCUCUUGUUUUUUCCCUAUUCAUUAUUUCACUGUUUUGAAUUAUGAAUCCAUUGUGCUCCUAUAUAACCAUCCCUUCAUCCAUAUUUCAAUUGCUUAUCCAGUCGCUGUGAGUCUGGAGCCUAUCCCAGGAUGCACAGGGCACAAGACACUGGAACAUAACAUUUACUCAUUUAUCGCUUUUAUCCAAAGCGCGGAUCAGAGAGUAGGAUUAGCCAGCCCUGGGACCAGUUGGGGUUAAGAAUCUUGCUAAAUCUGCCAGUCACAGGAUUUUAGCCAGUUAUAUUCUAGCCAUGGGCACAGAGUCCUAACCUGCUGAACCACACACUGCCUCGAAUUGCCUGGAUGUAAUACCUGGAUAGGAUGUGUGUGUGCACUCUGCUGCUUAACAUUGUUAGAAUCACAUAAAAAGCUUCAGCAUGGUGGUGGCCUUGAGGCGUGGGCAAAACUGAGGAAUAACCGAAAUAUAACAAUAUGUCCGGACUAACAUGCUGCCCAUUUAAAAAGUUUUAAUGAGCAGCAGACAUAGCACCACUAACACACACAUCAAAUCACCAAUCAGACAACAACAACACCCUCUAUUGCUUCCUACAGCUGUCAACUACAAUAAGUUGCUUAUACUCCCAAGCAGUGUGGAUGAAGCCUUAAGGCAUUUCCAACUGCCAAGAAAAAACAUAUGAAAUAGAUAAGGAUGUUAAUCCACGUUGAAAAUCUCACUAACUAUCCUGAAGAGUAAACACGUUUUUGAUUAGGAGCUUCAGCAAGUGUUCCCAUUUCCUAAACCAUUACUUCUGUAGUGAAUGUUUAUGCACGAUUAAAUGCAAUGAAUUCUA